AUGCCUCCGCGCAUCUCAAUCCAGCCCUCUCUGAAGGCAUUGACUGGAUACACCCCGUUGUCCAAUUCGAUCAACACUUCCGUCAGAGCCGCAUCUAGCAAGGCUGGAGAGCGGAGGAAACAUGACCCUUUUCUGAUGGCACAGGCGCGCCAGCGCAAGGCAGCGAAUGUCUCUCGCCAAAAGGUCCUUGCAGAGGAACGCGAGUCCUCGCUCGGAGACCCAGUCAAGAGUCAACCCACACCGUUUAUCCUAGAGAUGACAGCAAUCCAAACCGAUUCGAACAUUUCAUCGUCUUUGGCCGAUGAUCUAAACUAUUACUUGAAGUCGAACGAGCUGGAUGCCGCCCUCGCCUUUGCGAAGGACUUGGCCGAACCGCUUCAAAACCCCGAUCGAAACAUAGCCGAUCCCCAAGCUGAACGAGAGAGAAUGGAAAAGCACAACCAACAGCACAAAAAUGCCCAAGAAGCGAUCAGCAGAAUUGUUAACCUGAACAACGGCAACACGAAGGACCGCGUGCGCCUCAACAUCACCAAGUGCAUUGAAACAUUUGGACGACACUAUACAGACUCUACUCUUCCACCAAAGCCGCCGGGUGUAACUCACCCAUCUGGGCCUGUUCAUCCAGAGCGCGCACCACGCAUUGGACCAGAUACUGGUUCUGCGGAGGUGCAAGCCGCGAUUCUGACUGUCAAAAUCAUGAACCUCUCCCGACACCUCGAGACUGCCAAUAAGGACAAGCACAACAAGCGUAACCUCCAACUACUCGUUCACAAGCGCCAGAAGCUACUCCAGUAUGUCCGCAGGAAGGAGCGCGGAGGCCCUCGGUGGCAACACCUGAUGGAAACAUUGGGAUUAUCUGACGCUGCUUGGAAGGGAGAGGUAGCCCUAUGA